GCCCGCCUGCGCCGCGGGCCGAGUGGUGGGCGCGGAGCGGCCGGCUCCGCUCCUGCGCUCCGGCUCCCGCUCGGGCUGGCGCCGCCGCGCGCCCCUCCUGGAGAAGGAGGAGGAGGAAGGAGGCGGGAGGAGGAGUUGCGGGAGAGGAGGGCCGAGCGCGGCAGUCGCGCCGGCGCUGGGCGAGGAGCGCAGCGGGCCGCUGCCGGGUCAUCACACUUGGAGACUAUGUUUAGGGAGCGGUGGCUGUCCCAUUGUUCCUGGGACCAGACUCUUGAGUAGGAGAGAAGAAGGAAAGAAGAAAAGACUGAAUCUCUGAAGGCCUGGGAGACCAUCAGUUAUCUGAGCAUCAGUAAACCCUGAAGGUGUCACCACGCUGUCCUGAAAUCUUCCCACAGAAAAUGGCUUCAAAGGGAAAAUGAAGCUGGAAAAAUACACAGAUGCAGCAUUGUGUGCAGCCUCCCCAGAUGUCUGAGGAUAAUAUUCCAGAGAGAAAUUGAUCCCCGUGGAUUACAAAACUAGUCAGAAUGAAGAAAAUCAGUCUUAAAACCUUCCGGAAAUCUUUCAACCUGAGUAAAAGUAAAGAAGAAACGGAUUUCAUGGUAGUACAACAGCCAUCUCUAGCCGGUGACUUCGGAAAAGAGGAUUCCUUAUUCGGUAGCUGCUAUGGGAAGGAUAUGGCCAGCUGUGACAUCAACAGUGAAGAUGAAAAAGGUGGAAAGAAUAGAUCAAAAAGCGAAAGCCUAAUGGGUACGCUAAAAAGACGACUUUCUGCGAAACAGAAGCAGAAGGGCAAGGGUGGCGGGCCCUCCGGGGGCUCUGCGGACGAGGACACCUUUUCCUCUGCCUCGGCGCCCCUGGUCUUCAAAGAUGUGAGGGCGCAGAGGCCCAUGAGGUCCACCUCGCUGCGCAGCCACCACUACAGCCCCACGCCCUGGCCGCUGCGCCCCACUGCCUCGGAGGAGACAUGCAUCAAGAUGGAGGUGAGGGUCAAGGCCCUGGUCCAUGCAUCCAGCCCCGGCCCAGCCUUGAACGGCGUGCGCAAGGACUUCCAUGACCUCCAGGCCGACACCGCGUGCCAAGAACAGACGAACUCGCUCAAGAGUUCCGAGUCUCAGGAUGGGGACCUGCGUCUCCACCUGGACGAACAUGUGCCUGUCGUUAUCGGACUCGUGCCUCAGGACUACAUUCAGUACACUGUGCCUUUGGAGGAGGGCAUGUACCCUCUGGAAGGACCGCGCAGCUAUUGUCUGGACAGCUCCUCCCCCAUGGAGGUCUCCGCCCUGCCCCCGCCGGCGGGAGGGGGCUCCUUCCCCGAGGAUGAGAAUCAGGUAGACCAGGACCUGGUUGUGGCCCCGGAGAUCUUUGUGGACCAGUCGGUGAAUGGCUUGCUGAUCGGCACCACGGGAGUCGUGUUGCAGAGCCCGAGAGCGAGUCACGAUGACGUCCCUCCACUCUCACCAUUGCUACCUCCCCUGCAGACAAAUCAGAUCCAAAGGAAUUUUGGCGGGCUCGCGGGCACAGACGCCCACGUGGCCGAGAGUGUGCGCUGUCACUUGAAUUUCGAUCCUAACUCUGCUCCUGGGGUUGCAAGAGUUUAUGACUCAGUGCAGAGUAGUGGCCCCAUGGUUGUGACAAGCCUUACAGAGGAGCUGAAAAAACUUGCAAAACAAGGAUGGUACUGGGGACCAAUCACACGCUGGGAGGCGGAAGGGAAGCUGGCAAAUGUGCCAGACGGUUCUUUUCUUGUUCGGGACAGUUCUGAUGACCGUUACCUUUUAAGCUUGAGCUUUCGCUCCCAUGGCAAAACCCUUCACACUAGAAUUGAACAUUCAAAUGGUAGGUUUAGCUUUUAUGAACAACCGGAUGUGGAAGGACACACGUCGAUAGUGGACCUAAUUGAACACUCAAUCAGGGACUCUGAAAAUGGGGCCUUUUGUUAUUCAAGGUCUCGGUUGCCUGGCUCUGCAACAUACCCAGUGAGACUGACCAACCCCGUGUCGCGGUUCAUGCAGGUGCGCUCCCUGCAGUACCUGUGUCGUUUUGUUAUACGUCAGUACACCAGAAUAGACCUGAUCCAGAAACUGCCUUUGCCAAACAAAAUGAAGGAUUAUUUACAGGAGAAGCACUACUGAAAGAUGAUGGGAACCCUGCAUCUUGCACUUUGGGAGUAAGAAAAAGAGAUUGAAAUACAGUUUACAGACUUCUCAUUGCUAUCAAAAUCUUUUGCUGCCAUACUAUUUCAGUUGUAUGUGUGAAAGAGUAAUCAGUUCUUUAGGGGUGGGGAAGUGUCCACAAGGUGUCUUGGGUUUAUUUUGGUUCUUUAAGAAAGGAAGUCUUGAGGUUUCAGAAGUGUGAAUUAUCUUUCAUCAAUGUGCAGAAUAAUCAAUGUGAAUGAUCAGAUUCUCCUUACCCACCCACCCCCAGUCCUUUGCUGCUAUCCACUGUGAUUUUUAUGCAUUAAAAAGCACAUUUCAUGUGUAUUCAACCCUAAGUAAAGGUGAAUGAAACUUAUACAGUGAACAUUGUUGUAUCUCUUUCAGUGGCCCAUUUUCAAAAAUAGUGUUGAGUAAACAUUGCCGUAUGAUAAAUCACAGAAUUUACACCUACACUGAAAAUGAUUUUUAAUUUCAUGCUAUUGAAAGAUUUAUUUAGAAUUAUGAACUGACAUGACCUUGGGUAAUGGAAUGCAGAACUGCAACAUAUCUUUUACAACACUCAUUUCUAAAUUAUUUUUAAGGUUGUGCUGUUAUUUUUGGUUGUGAGAAGUUGAAUUUUUCUGUUGCCUUCAUUUUUAUCUUGUGGUUUGUCUGUUUUAAUAAAUGGCCUUACAUUAAAAAAUUGUAAAGAAAUAUAUACCACCAACUUAGAAAUCGUUGCCUUUUCUGUCAUUAAACUCUGGUACAAAUUGGCAUAACAUAUAAAGAUCUAUGGAACUAGAACUAUUAUUAUUAUUAAAGAAAUACUAGAUGAUCAUAGCUUCCUGUGAUAAGGAAUUUUUGUGUUAUCUAUUCUUACCUUUGGUAAAAUGUUUUAUCUGUGAUUUCUUUAGCUUAGUCAACAUUUUCUUGGGUGAAUUUGAUGUAGAAAUUUCCAUAAAAUGGACUAGAUUCUCUCAACAUUAAAGUUUAAAUAGAAAGAAAACACUGUUUUAAAGUUGGGUUUAUAUAUUUUUUUUAUGUAGUCGCUAUUAAGAUGUGCUAGAUUUGACCCUUCCUUCCCCCCACCAAAACAAAACCAAAACCAAAAAAACCCAAUGAUUUUAGUUGAAAAAUUGUGGAGCACCAUGUAAGAAAAAUAUUAAAGCUGUAUCAAGUACAUGUAAGUGUUUGCCUGCCAUAUAUACUGCCAUUUAAAAAUAGGUUUUCUUUUUUUUCCUUUUUUUUUUGUCUUUUUUUAGGGCUGAACUUGUGGAGGUUCCCAGGCAGGGGUUGAAUCAGAGCAGUAGCCACUGGCCUACACCACAGCCACAGGAAUGCUGGAUCCCAGCCAUGUCUGCAACCUACACCACAACUCAUGGCAACGCCAAAUCCUUAACCCGCUGAUCGAGGUCAGGGAUUGUACCCAUGUCCUCAUUGAUACUAGUCGGGUUUGUUAACCACUGAGCCUCGUCAGGAACUCCCCUAAAAAUAGAUUUUCUAUUUGUUUCUUUUUCAUUUCACUAAGUCUUAAGUAAAGUGGCAUCAAAGGACUUGAUUCAAUCCUUUGAGGGGGGGAAUGUGUCAUCUCCAAUACUUUUUAGUUAUUUUGAAAUGCAGUGUUUAUUCAUUGUAUGAUUCUUUAGUGUUUUGGAAUUGCCCCAUCCAGAAGAUGUUUCUAGCUAUAUAACUUUAAAAGAAAUAUGUUUCCCUCUCAGAUGAAACAUGUAAUGUAGACAUCUCUUUCUUUGUUCCUCAGUUUUCCUAUCUCUGACCCCCAUUUAAAAACAAGAGUAAAGAUCUUAGGUCAAAUUUAAUAGCUUUGUUAAUUCAAACAUAUCAGUAUCCCCAUUUUUUUUUUUUUCUAUUUGUUUUUUAGAGUCAGAACUGAGAGUUACCAAGAAAAGGCACAAUGCCGUGAUAUCUGUGUUAUGGUAUUUUGACUUAAAGGGGAAAAGGUACUUAAUUUUGGUGGAAUAUUGAUUGUACCUUGUUACUAAGACUCCUCUUUCUUUUUCUGAUGUUUUCACCUAAUAAGAUGGAAUAUGGAGUAUACUGUAAUAAUAUAAUUUAAAUGUUCAUUAUAAGCUAUUUGGAUUAAGAACUAUUAACAGAGUUGUAAACUUGUUAUCAAAUUAAUGCAAGACAUUUAAACUAUUUUUUUGCAAAACUAUUUAUUUUUAAACAAUUUAAAAUAUAUCUAGGGUGAGUUAAAAGUCCCUGUGCAUCUAUAUUAGAUGGCAGGUAUUGUCACAGAGUCACUGUGUAUUAAUAAUAAAUGUUGAGAUGGCUUCUCCAUGUUUCUAGAAGCAUUUACAUGUACUCUUUGUGAGAUCAUGGUGCACAGAGGUCUUUGGACUGCCCUGAACCCUGUCUUAUGUGGGCGUAGUCUGUUCCCCACGCUUUCCUCAUGAGACCAUGUGUUUAAGAUCUAGCCAUUUGGUUCCAAGUUAAGAUCAUUCUGAUUUCCAUCUAAGUGUUCUUGAAAUUGUAUUUUGUGUCUUUAUGGAGGGCAAGUCUUGAUACUGUUCUAAUUCACAAAGCCACAUUUUAAUGUGCUUUUGUAUAUCCAUAAAUAAAAUCCUUUAUAAUGCCCUAUUCUAAUCCCAUUUCAAAUAGCUAGAGUCUGAUAGUAUAUUGAUAAAAAAUAAAAGUCUGCCAAGAAGUUAUUGACAAACAAAGGAAUAUUACAAUAUUGUCUGCUUUUGUUCAGAGAACUUUUUGGCAUAGGCAGCACAACAUAAUGUGAAGGAUUGGCUUUAUAGGAAAUGGAAACAGUCUGGUUAAAAACAGAAAGGGGAAAAAAAGAGAUCUUCAUCCUGUAGUUUAGUCUAGAUACAGUUUGGGUAAGUUUCUGGAUUCUGUUGAGUGGUGGCUUAGAUAACAUGGAUACUACCUGUGUGUGAUUUCUUAAGUAUGUGCUUCUAAAAAUCUGAGCUGAAGGCAAGAAAACUGUAUUCUUUUGCCGUAAUAAUUGCAUCAAAGUUGUUUUUUUUCUAAAUCAAAUAUCUCAUCACAGAAACAUGAUAGAAAUCGGGAGCUGUUUCCAGGCUUACUAGGACACCAUUACGCAUUUUGAUAAAUAGUAGCAAAGCAUAGGAAGUACAUAGAAAGCAUAGAAAGAAAAAUUAUCUCUUGAAAAAAACUGUUCUCUAUUUGGUGCAGUAAUCUGAGAGUUUUAAAAGGUCAAAAAAUACCACAGGAAAUGAACAUAGAAUUAAAAAUAGUUUAAGAAAAUCAGCUACACUGGGCAACCAUCUUGCUCUUGAAGAAAAUCUUGUGCCAAAAGACUAAAUCAUUUGCAUAUAAGAAAUAAAACACAAGUGUAUACAUGAUCAUUCUUGAGCCAGUAUUACUGAAACAGGAUAAAAGUCACUGAAAUCUUACCUAGGUUAUAUGCAGUAUCUCUGCUAGUGCUGCCAGUCUAAAUAUCUUUCUUAACAAUGCUUUCAGAAAUGCCAAUUUUGAACAUUGUACAUUUCACAUUGUAUAUGAGAGAUAUUUGCUUUACAAAUGAUUCAAAGUAACAUUUUAAAUCUUCAUGGCUUUUCAUCAAAUAUGAAGUCUUAAUUCGAAAAUGAAAUCACACUACCAGCAAUAGAUAGUUUUGUUGAAAACUCUAUAAUAAGGAACAAUCGCCAGUUCUGUAAAUGACUUUAAAAUUCUAAAUUAAAGUAUUGGUACGUUAGUAAUCACAAAUUUGAUUUAAUACUUUUUUAAUCCUGUAAAGAGGACUUUUUAUAAACAUCCUUUUUAUUAAUCAUAACAUGGCGAAUGUGUAGUUGCUGUUUCUGAAAAGUGACCCAAACUCUACAUCCAGAGAUGAUGAAAAAUUCUUAUAGAAUUUUGUAAUACGUAUACAUGUUGGGUUGAAGAAAUUUUAUAGUUGUUGGAGUGCCAUGGAAUUAAUACUUGCAAUCCAGAUUGCUGUAGUUUACACUUUUUCUGUAUGUUUCAAAUCAGGUGUGUACCAUUUGUACUGAGAACACCACAGAAUGAAUUAUCCAAAGUCCAUUGAUUUUAAUAUGUGUUUUGGUUUGUAAACAAAUUAUAGUAAUUUCUUGCACAUUUUUGGAAAUUGAUCGUAUAAGAAUUUAUGUAUCUGCUUCUAGAUACAAUGUGUAAAUAAAAAUUCCAUUCACAAGA